UGAUGAGCAUCAUUUCUUUUUAAACACAUUCUCGAUGGUUGAAUCUUUUUUGAAUUUCUAUAAAUGUUUAUUACGAAACUUUUGUUACGUUACAUAUUUUAGUUGAACACUGUUUUAAAACUAUAAACAUUUUCAAAUUUUCAAACAUUAAUUCCAAGGUUCUAUCGAAUACGUUCUUUUUGACUUAAUGUUUGGUACGACAUUUUGCUGGACAAGCAUGAUACAUAAAACAACAGACUCUGCGAAAGUUCUUAAUUAUUGGAGUAUACGCAGUUUUAAUGAUCUCUGUUGAAUCUGCUGAUUGUCUUCUUCCUCAUGAGAUGCAAUCAUUUAUUUGAAUUUUUAACGUACACAAAUGAAAAAAAUGAUUUAAAUAUUUUUCUAAUAUUUCAAACAGCAAUUUAUGAGUAGAAACUUCAGACGGUUUUGGAAACAAUUUCAGUAGUAAAGCCACUUUUAAACUCAACGUAAAUAUUGUGUUUGAUACAUAGAUAUAAUUUUGAUCUGCAAAAAAUGAUGACUGACAUGAGAAGUUGCAGAUACGAGCCAGGGCAUGCAUUUCCCGGCUACAUGUUUAACAACGUUGGUCUUGUAGAGAAGGAGCCUGCCUUCCAAAACAACAACAGCAACAACAACAAUACUUUGCAGACAAGUUUUUCAAAUGGGUUGUCUAUGUUGCAACAGCAGCAGCAUCAGCAACCGCAGCAGCAGACAAACAGUCUUGCCUCAGUACCAACAACAGUUACUCUUACAUCCCUCCCAACCAGCUUAACAGCAGACAGCCACUCCUUCCUUUACAACGCUUCCAACAACCUUCUCAUUAACAACUCCAACUGCAACCAGUUCGAAGAGAACUUGAUUGGUGGGUUCAGUGCGACGGUCGGUGAACUCUACAGAAACGCCUACCCUCUGAAUGGAGGUGUUGUUGAUUAUGAAGAUGUAAGGUUCAGCAACGGUGGAGCCUUAUUGAUCAACCCCCCAUACAACAGCAGCAACAACGUUACGUCAGAUAACCACGUGACCAACAACGCGGGUGACAGUGAAAGUAUUGUUAACGCUUUGGAGUUUGAUAAGGAUGCAACAGCAGCCACUUACUUAUAUCAUCAUCAUCAACUCCAGCUGCAACAACAUUAUCACCAUCAGCAACAACUUCAACAACAGCAGUCCCACUCAUAUAUGAGUUUAGAUUAUAAGGCCUACAAUGCAUAUGACAACAAACUAUAUGCCAACUCUCUUGAAAACACUUUCAACAACCAAAUACAACAAAAACCACAACAACAUCAGCAACAGCAGCAGCAACAACAACAACACCAUCAACAACAACAACAAGCAAAUAAUAAACAGUCUACAAAAUCCAACAGUGCUAGCAGCUACGGAGGACAAAACCCUUUAAAAACUAAGCAAACUGAUACAGCUAAAACCGGCAAGGUGUCGAAACAAACACCAAAUAAGAAGCAGAAAACAGCACCGAACACCGCACAAAAAGUUUCCACUGGAAGUCACGCAAACGCCCUGCCUCAAAAUGAAAGCAUGGAACAACUGCGUGAAGAUAAACAGUUUUCCGACGACAAAGGCAAAAACGAAAAAGUGAGCAACGGCGACAACAAGCACCCACCUCCAUCUUCCUCCACAUCGAUAACGUCAACAGCACCGCAUGUCCUGGAAUCAAGUCCAAAAGCACAAUACACCAAACUGACAACUGCAACACAAUCGGAAACCUCCAUCCAGCAACAAAUACGCCAACAACGACAACAAAUGUUUCAACAACAUCAACAACAGAUUCAUCAACAACAAAUUCGUUACAACAGACAACAAACCGACAGACGAAACUCAAGUACCAUGGAUGACGACAGCGACUUGUCAGAUGACGACGACGACGACACAAGCUGCGACACUAACCGACCGCUCAGUAGUGGCAACGAUAGCGCAACUUUGAAAAAUGGCGAGAACCACGCAUGCCACACUUUUGAACCGAUUUGUUUGAACUCAGAAGGAGGCGAUCGAAAAUGUUUGCUCUGGGCGUGUAAGGCUUGCAAACGCAAAACGAUGGCGGUAGACAGACGUAAAGCGGCGACGAUGCGUGAACGCCGUAGGUUGCGACGAGUGAAUGAGGCUUUCGAGACGCUGAAGCGACGAACCUGUCCAAAUCCGAGCCAGCGGCUUGCCAAAGUUGAGAUCCUGCGCAACGCCAUAGAAUACAUCGAAAGUCUCGAGGAAAUGUUGAGAAACAACAAUGGCAACAAUCAUAACGGUUCAGUAGGAAAUGACAUCACACAUCGAAAUGACGUCAGAGGAAUGUGCGGUAUACUCAGCAUUGUCAAUGGUGACGUGAACAAUGGAAGUAAAGAAUCUGUUAACAGUGCGUAG